CCACAGUGAAAGUGCAGUCAGUAUAAUAUUUGUUAUGCCAAAAACUUUUCAAUUGUGAACUGUUGCAUGUUUAAUAGCUCUUCCAAGGGACAUUGCAAUAAGGUCUUGAACCCUCACACUGGUCAGUUUGUUUUGUGCCGGACGGUUUGAUUGGUUGGGUUUUUUUUAUCAAGCACAAGAGUGGUCUGUUGUGAACAUAUACUUUUAAUUGGAUCACUGGUCAGUGAUCCAUAAGAAAAUAAGCAAUUUUAUUGGUUAAUUAUUAUUUAAAGAAAAAAUUCAUUGGUUAAUAUAUUAAAAAAUAAAUACAAUAAUUUGAUUGUGGAAGUAAUAUAUCCCACAAAAAUUAAAUACAAGUUUUCUUGUAAUACCUUUGUCUGUUGAAAUAAAACAAGUUUUUAAUAGAAUGGCCGAAGAACCAGAUUUCUUUGCACCUCACCCUAACCCAAAACCAAGGGUGAAGAACUCUAUGUUCUGUGUGGUUCCUGAUGCAUUUGAGAGCAAAUCUAUUUCUCUGACUGGAGAACAGCGCAGGAAAAAGGAAUCAUCGGAUCAAUCGCCAUCGAAAUCUACAGAUACAGUAGAAAAUGGUGAACCAGUCCCUGUGGAAGAAGCCAUUACUCAACAAGAUUAUGUCGUAGUCGAAGCUCAACCAUGGGACACUUCGAAACAUGAGAGUGCCCAGUCUCGGCUGUUCAUCAAGGGAGGUAAAAUAGUGAACGAUGACCAGUCUAUCAAUGCGGAUGUCUAUGUGGAGGAUGGAAUCAUCAAACAAAUCGGAAACAACCUGGUCAUCCCUGGAGGAGCAAGAACCAUUGAUGCAAGAGGGAAGCUUGUCAUGCCUGGUGGAAUCGACACUCACACACAUUUACAGAUGCCAUUUGGUGGAACUGUCGCCAUCGAUGACUUCUACAGCGGGACAAAAGCUGCACUGGCUGGUGGCACCACCAUGAUUAUGGAUUUUGUGAUUGACGGGAAGGAUAUGUCGUUGCUUGAGGCAUAUGAAAAGUGGCGUGGAUGGGCCGACCCGAAAGUGUGCUGCGAUUACGGGUUGCACGUGGCGGUCACAUGGUGGAGUGACAGUGUUGCCAAGGAGAUGGAAGUCCUUGCUCAUGAGAAAGGAGUUAAUUCCUUCAAGAUGUUCCUAGCAUACAAAGAUUUGUUCAUGGUUGAAGAUGAUGAGCUUUACGAGGCAUUCAGAACAUGCAAGGAACUUGGGGCCCUUCCCAUGGUGCAUGCAGAAAAUGGAAGAAUGAUUGAUGUGAAAUCUAAAGAGAUUAUUGCUAUGGGCAUUACAGGACCGGAAGGUCACAUGAUGUGCAGACCAGAAGAAGUUGAAGCCGAGGCGACCCAGAGGGCCAUCACAAUAGCUGACCAGGCCAACGCUCCUCUCUAUGUAGUCCACGUGAUGAGCAAGUCGGCCGCAGAUAUUGUCUCAAAAGCUAGGCGAGAAGGUAAAAUUGUUUUUGGUGAGCCAAUAGCUGCUAGUCUUGGGACGGACGGAACUCACUAUAACAACAAGUGCUGGCGCCAUGCAGCAGGUCACGUGAUGGGGCCGCCACUGAGGCCUGACCCCUCAACCCCCGGCUAUCUUAUGAAUCUCUUAGCAAAUAAUGAUCUCCAGUUAACAGGCACAGAUAACUGUACAUUCAAUGCUGAUCAGAAAGCAUUAGGCAAGGACGACUUCAGACGUAUUCCAAACGGUGUGAAUGGUGUAGAAGAUAGAAUGUCCGUAAUUUGGGAGAAAGGUGUUCAUUCAGGAAAAAUGGACCCCUGUAGAUUUGUUGCAGUCACUAGUACAAAUGCAGCAAAGAUUUUCAAUAUAUAUCCAAGGAAGGGUAGGAUAGCUGUAGGCUCUGAUGCCGAUAUUGUUAUCUGGGACCCAAACCAAACUCGCACCAUUUCCGCGAAGACACACCACCAGGCCGUCGACUUCAACAUCUUCGAGGGUCUCGUGUGUCAUGGCGUCCCGCUGUACGUCAUGAUGAAUGGCCACGUCGUGCUCGAUGAAGGGCAACUCAAGGUCACACAGGGGCUCGGGCAGUUUGUGCCGAUGAGCUGCAAUGCGGAGGCAGUCUAUGGCCGAGUGAAGGAAAGAGAAAGGAACAACAUGCCGGUGAAGGUAGACCGCGAGGCGUAUGGUGGGCCAGUUGCCGAGAUGUUGAUGGAGAGUCUGAACGACAAGCAGCUCGAGUCGAACCCGAUCAUCCACGACCAGCAAGCCUUCUCAGGUCGGUCACGUGGUGCGACUCCGAGUGGUGGACGCCACAUGCAAGACUCGAGCUUUAGCUUAAGUGGAGAUCAGUUUGAUGACAAGAAACCAAAACGACCUCAGAUUCGCGUGGGAAACCCACCAGGCGGUGCCUCACACGGUCUCUGGUAGACAAAGAUCCCAUCAACUGUAAUACGACCAUCUUGGAAAAUUAUUGUUGCAUCAUCAUCAUUUUAAACAAAAACUUGCUGAUCAAUAGCACAUCCAGCUUUCAUUGUCAGUCAUCUUUUGAAUAACUGCAUGUGCAACACACAAAAGAAACAAAACAUUGUCAACUGUAGGCUUUGAUUGAUGUCUGUUAUUCGUGUCUGUUAUUCGUAGUCUUUCAAGAAGCAUGCUCUGAUGUUAUAGGAGAAUUAUAAAACAUUUAUUUAAGAAAAGUUCAGUAGUCAUGACAGCAGAAGACUAACCAGAGAUGGUGGGUGAAAUGUGUUUGGGUUUGUUUUUUUGUUUUUUUUAAAUGUCACAUUUUCUAGAUGAAUGUAAUUUUAUUUAAUAACAGGGAUUUCAGGUGCUUUGGUAGAUGGUAUCGUUUUACAAGGUUUCAGUUUGUUUACAGGGCUCACAUUGGAAGUUUUAAAUAAAAUUUAUUAUCGGGUUUUUUUUUAGCCAGUUUUGAAAUAUGUAGAGUAUUUGUUUGAAAAUUAUUAAAAAGUAACUAAUAUGAAAUAUUUUACAUUAGCCAGUUAUUAAAUGCUGUAACUACUUUUUAUAAAAAUUAGCAUCUGUCUAAUUUGGCAAUGAACAUGGUGAGCCCUGAGAUAUGAUGGUGCCAUUGAGAAUAGAAACAUCAGUUGAAAAUUAAAUUAAAACUGGCUAUUUUCAUUUGCUGUGAAUGUCAGGUGAUAUAAUCAGGGUUAUAAGAAAGAUGCAUUUUUAAUAGUUAUCUCCUGUUCUGGACGGAGGAGCCGGCCUAGGCCGGCACCUGCAUCCAUGACAGGUGUGUACUACAACAGCUUAUUCUGAAUGUGCAUGUAAAAAACCCUGUGACCUGACAGUUUAUCUUAAAUAUUGGAAUUAUAAAUUAAUAACCAACUGAUAUUAACCAUACAAGAGUAAGCAGCUGUCAAAAGCUUAUGACAGGGUUUAUUAAUGUGUACAAAUUGAUCAUAACAAAAAGAUCAAUAUCUGGCUGAGGAAUGAUUUGUUCUGUGCAGUUCUAGACCGUACAAAACAUGUAUUAAAAUGGUGGUCAAUAAAACAAAACAAAAACGAAAGAAGAAAUCGCCACCUGACAUUUAAUAAUGACAUCUAAUAAUGCAGCUUUGAGUUGAUGAUUUUACCCCCAGACUCUUGUACAGAAUCACGUUUUUAUGCAGAAUCUACAUUUCUUCAAAGACUGAAUAAUAAGAAACAAAAUGUAUAAGUCUGUAUUCAAGUCCCAUUAUCAUGUUUGUAUUUUGGUUGAGUAGAAUUUAUAACUGAAAAUGAGAAGAUGGCAGAAAAAAAGUUAACGUGCAAAAAACUGAUAAAUAAACAGUUAAAGCAUGUUGGCACAGAGUACAUAUUUACUAGCUGUAAUUUAGCCACCCCACCACAAAAGAUGACAAUUUGUCAGUAUCAGCACAAACCCAAGUUGAGAUCUCAGUUCUAACUGGUCAGGUGACCACAUUCCUAUGACACAUUUAAAAAUAGGUAUUCACUGACAACGUUGAUGUCGCUCUCUUUUAUUAUGUAAUAUGUUUUAUUCUGAAUUACUUUUUAUAGCAGAGGCCAAUGGUUUAUUCUGCUUGGCUCCAGUUAAAUGCUUUUAUUUAUAACUUUUAAAGUGAUGUUUAUAUUUUCUUUAAAUAUUAUUAUUUUUUUACCAUUUUCUUCAAUUUAGCAGGUCCACAAUAAUUCGGUAGUACUGGCAUUAAUUUAUUAAAUUUUCCAAUAGUUUAUAUUUUUAAAACUAUUCAUAUAGAAUGCCAAUACCAAUAAUGUAGACACAAAAAGCAUUGUUGAUUUUCAGUUUAGUAAAUGUGUAUUGGUUGGAAUGAUAUCUUUGGGGUUCAAGUUAACAAUCAGUAUCCACGUUUUGAAAAGAGCUCUAUAUACAGAGUAUGUCGGCCAUUUUUGUUUCUAGUCUUUGGUAGCCAAUGGUCUGCAUUUAUUAUUUAUUUCUAUUUUUAUGGUUUUAUAUUGGUUUUCAAAUGUAGUGCGAUGUUAUCAGACAUUUCAUGGCUUUGAUAACCAUUGAUCUGCAUUUUUAUGAUUUAAAAACAACAACAUUUUGACACAGUGUCCCAUUUGUUUUUUUAAAUUUAGCUUGUACCAGGUGUGUUGUCAAACAUAUGUAUUUGAUUAUGUUGUUAUCAGUGAUUACCAUGGUCUUUGGCUGCUGUCAUUUCAGUACACCACCAAUUCAAAAUAUACAAACUGGUCUUCUUCACUUAGUCCUUUUGUUGUACUCUCUGUAUUUGAUUGGUAGAGUCUGGUUUCACUUUUCACACCUUCAUGAGUCACUUGGUUUUAACAUGUUUAUAGUGCAUUUGAUUUCUAAUGUAUAAAUCCCUGAUCACCAUCAUUAAAACACUGAACAAGAUAUGAAAAUCCUAGAAAGAAAACAACAACAACAACAAAAAGAAACAACCACCAUCCAACAACCCGAAACAGUUUGUGUGGAUAAUGUCACUGAGGUGGGAGGAGGGUGGGCAUUAAAAGACCGCUUACAAAAUCUAUAGCAGUGCGUUUUCUACCUGCACAGAAACGUAAUAUUCUUAGAAAAAUUGCAACAUGGCAAGUUUCUGAAUACAAAUGGUUUGCUUAAAAAACAGUUUGGUCAUCUGACAACCAAGGUCAAUACCCAGAUCUGUGACAUCAGUUGACCUCUGUCGGCACACUGAAGAGCACCAUGGAGUCGGAACAUUUUUGUGUUACAGCAAAAACUACAUGUAGUUGGCUUGAACCUGUCAUUUUCAGCAGCUCACGAUACUGGCAUAAUCUUGUUAUUUUUGUGUUUAUUUUUUAAAAUAAACUUUGCACUGACUAAAAGUCAGUAUUUAAUUUCUAAAAAUGUAUUAAUUUAUAUUUUGUGCAGAUUGUUAUCAAGAAAAAAAUCAAUGGUAUAUAGAAAAGAAUGUUACAUGUUUAGAUGUUCACAAUUGUUAACAGAUUGAAAAGCAUACACUGAAUCCUAGAUGUGUUUUUAAAAGAAACCAAAAUGUCUGUAAAAGUAUCCUUUGCACAAAUCUACAUUUUUUUUAUCAGUGCUUUAGUAUGGGUAAAUGACGUAGAAUAUUAAAUGUUCAUUGUUUCUAUACUAUAAUAAUAAAACAUUUCCAGCAUCUCAGAAAUAUUUUAAACAAAGUGACCAUACUGACAACUACCGAUAAUUGUGACAAAAUCAUGUCAAACACAACCGAUCUGAGUUUUUAAUGCAUAAUAAAGACACUGGCCAAUGUCUUCUGUCACUCACUCUAGUUUCACUUAUCAACAGGACGACCAGAAAUAUUUCGACCAAAAUUGCUUAUUAAAGCAAGAAGUAGAGUAGUUGUAAUUUAAUCAUUAUUGGUAAAAAAAAAGAAAACGACUAAAAUUAUUUUACUCUUAGGCUAAUAACUAUACAGGAUAUAUUGUAUAUUCAGAUUAUUAAUGAUCACUUAUUUUCUGUAUCGGUGUCGUACAUACUUGUGUGUUUUAAAAAUAUUUACUGAUAUAUACCAAGCAUCUCACCCAGUUAUUAUAUUCGAGUGUCUUUGCCUUAGUGCAUUUAUUGUCUCAGCAAAUUUUCUGCAGUUUCAAACCAUGUUGUGCGAUAUGUAAUUUGAUGUAUUUAAAGUUUUUAAUGCUAUUUCAAAGUUGUGUGUACUUGUAGGUAUCUUGGUGGAUGUGAUUUCUUUUUGUUCUAUUCCAAUUAGCUGGAGGUGUUAUGGAAUUUUUAAACAUUUUUAUCAAGUUUUUAAAAUAAUUUAUUCCCACAAGAUUUAAAUAUUAUGCAAAAUGUAUUGUUGGAAUAAUUUGCCAUUUUUUAAUGAAUGAAAUAAACCUUGAUAAAGAAUCAAUUCAUGUUGUAAAGCAUACAUUAGAAGUGAGAUGAGUAAAUACAUGUAUAUUAAUUUUUUAAAAGUGACUAGUUGCUGAACAUUCUGACCAUCAGAACUUACUUAAUAGAUUUACAAUGGAUGAAUCGGUCUAUAAAAAACUAAAAACACACAUGGAAUUUACUACAGGCAACCUUUAUAUGGCUUUCAUAUGGACAUAUAAAUACAUUUAUUUAUAGAAAGGUCAUCAAAAAGUGUCAUCACAACUAAUGACUGUUACAAUAUGUACCCAUUAGAACAACUAUUCAAAACAAUACAUUUAUUCCAAGUUUGUGGCUCAAUGUUUUAUAGGGAUAUACAUGUACAGUGUAUAAUGGUGAAUGAGUGUUGUAAAAAAUACUUACUGUUUUAUUACCAUGUAUUUAUUAGAUUUUGCUAUAUGUAUUCUACAGUACACAAACCAACAAUGAAGCCAGGUUUUUACAGCCUGUUCCACCAGUAGGCCUGGUUUGUGUGGGUAGCAAGGCUAGAGAUCCAUUCUGUUGAGAGCAAUCUUGGCUUCUUAAAUUUAAAGCUGGAAGCAAAUGCUAGAAAUUAAGAUGCACUUCUAGUAAUUAGACUCAAACUUAAGACUUGAAAUGUAACUUUUUAUCAGCAAUGUGGAAGACUUUGAAACAAAUAUAGAUGUAAUUCAUUUUAUCACCUAUAUGAAAUACCAAGAAUUCUCAAAACAUCUUUAGUAUAUAUCUUUAAAAAACAAGAAGAUGUAAAGCAAAAGCUGCCUGUGAAGUUGAGGAUCAGAAAGCAUAUUGUGCAUUGUGAGCAGCAUUUGCUUCCUUCCCCUUGGAUCAUGACAAAAGUAAAUAUAAAAGUAGUUGAACCAGUACUGGGUUUACUUGACUUGUACUAGUUUGUUCAGCUAGGAUGAUUACAGAUUAAAGGUACUUGACCCUUACAAAAUUGUCUAGUAUUUCUGUUUAAAACUUUGCAUGUAGUAAGACUUUCUACAUAUCUAAUCAUGUAAAAUGUUGAGUGAAUUACCAAUUUGACUGGCACUUGAGAACCAAAAUUUUCAAAUCUUAACUGCAGAUGAUCAUUUGAAAUGUUCCAAAUUGUCAAGCAUCCUGAUGAUUCAAUAGCUAUUUAUUAUAAAAAUCCACGUCUUUUCAAAAUCUAGGCAUGCACCAAACACUCGCAUCAAGAUGGCUUUUUGGAAUUGUGUGGAAAUUAAAACAACCAAGAUCAAACUGAACAUUUAUAAUUGGAUUUUCACAAGGCGCUAUUGGUUUUCACCAGAAGUACAACACAGUAUUUGUUGUGGACCACAUGCCUUUAAAAACAAACUGAACCAUGGGUAAUGCUAGUUGUCUUUACUGUGUGUCUUGUCCUGUACAAGCCACUGUUGUUGAGAUGUUGGUACUUGGCUCCAGUUGCUAGUGUUAUGUAGAUUCUUCUUCAUGUAAUAUGCUUAUAUAUAAAAUAAAACAAUUAUUUCAGA